AUGCACAACGGCCGCAAGAAAGAUAGUUGUGACAGAUCCGUCACCAACAAUCCGGCAUUCGAAAAUGAGCGAAUGUUUGUGUUGCCCCAGGGCAGUCAUCUUUUGAGUCUGAUGACGAUACUCCGGGACGCGAACACCAACAGCACAUUAUUUGCGGAAACAACCGAAAGGGUGGGCGAUCAGCUUAUUGCCGCGGCUGAGAGCACAAAUGUUGUCAGUCCCACAGGCACUACAUAUGAGGGAAUACGGCACAUGACUCCUGUAUGUGGCGUGAGCAUACUCCGAGCAGGAGCGAGCCUGGAAAAUGCCAUGCGCCGCGGAUAUACUGGCCCUCUCAGCUUUGGCAAGAUUUUGAUUCAACGUGACGAAGAGACAUGUCUCCCGACUCUUUUUUACUCCAAGUUUCCACCGAACAUUGCAUCUCAGAAAGUCAUAAUACUUGAGCCUAUGGUGGCAACAGGAGGCUCUGCAUGCGCCGCAAUCGAUGUGAUAACCGAAAAGGGCGUUCCAGAAGAAAACAUUAUGUUCGUCAAUAUUUUAGCAUCCCGUCGCGGAGUCAAGAGUCUUUUCAAUCGGUUUCCUGGAAUACGCCUUGUUACUGCUGCUGUCGAUGAGGACCUGACCUCGAAUAAUCAUAUUAAUCCUGGACUGGGGGAUUUUGGAGAUCGGUUUUAUGGCACGAAUGAUCCAUAG